AGAAGGAGAUGGUGAAGGAGCGGUGGAGGCAGCAGGCGCUGCGGCAAGCGGCGAGACGGACGAAGCAAUCGUCAAGCAGUGCAUGCGGCGUUGGCGGCAGCAGUGGCGGCUGCAGGGUGGGCGGGAAGGAGGGGGAGGGGCAGGCCGCGCCCCUCCUGCUUGCUCACAUCCACUCGCACCCACUCGCGCAUGCACACUGCUCGCCAAGGCACCACCGCAGGAGGACCAUAUCGAACCCUCCGCUCACGCGGGCCGGGAUGUAAUUUCCUUCUCUCUCACACCAUCUCACUCGCACUCGCAAUCUCCCUCCUACCCCGACUCUUCUUCCCACUCCCCCAACUCCCUCCCUUUUCCUCCAACCUCCCCUCCUCUCCCUCCGCCUCCACACACUCCUCUGCCUCCCUUCCUGGAACCCUCCUCCUUCGCCUGCAACUCUCUCUUUGGCUCCUGGGCUGGGAUACCGCCUUCCCCGCUACAAGACGAAGCAGGCCACCCGAUAAAUUUCUCCCAUGUCUCAGCAGCCAAUCAGCAACUUCCCCCUGGCGAGAUUAAGCAGGUUCGGCGAGGGCUGCGCUUGCUUCGGAGAAGUGCUGCCUGUCUCGCUGCUGCCCACGCCGGCAGGUUCGGGAUCGCCAGACCUGGAGAUGAGGCUCGGGGAGGAGGUGGUGCUGAGCUGGACGAGGUUGCUGAGCUGGCAAUGAUGAUGUCAGCUGCCACGCGGGACACGCGAUCACCCUUCCUGCGACCUCCCCACCUUUCCUCCAACAACCUGUUCCGUUCUCCCUUUCCUUUCUCUCUUCCCCUUCUCCUCCUCACUUUGCCUUCCUUGCAGCAACCAGGCAUCAACCUGGCAUGUGACUCGUCGUUCCUUUUCACCCCCCCCAACCUCCACCACUACUCAGCCUCCCCACCUGGUCCCUCACCAUCCAGCUCUCUUUCACGCUGUCCACUCUUCCUUCCCCUUUCCUGCCCCUUCCCCUUCUCCCUUCCCUUCUCCUCCCCCGCCUUGCUUUCCUUGCAGCAACCAGGCAUUUGA